ACAACAUCGACGACGGCCUUGUGGAUAGCAGCUACGGCGCGAUAUAGGAGUACUACGGCUACGGACGCGCACACUCCACCUAGAUCACCGCCCAAGCGACAGCCACGAUGGGAAACAACCCACUGCUUGACAUCUGUCAGGCCCUGCUCGGCAUCUUCUGCGGCAACAACAACCAGCAGAACCAGCAGCAGGGGCAGCAGUACAACCAGCAGCAGGGCCAGGGCCAGCAGCAGUGGAACCAGUACCCCGCGCAGCAGCAGCCUCAGUGGAACCAGGCGCCGGGGCAAGGCGCAUGGCAGGGGCAGCCGGGCCAGCAGCAGCAGCAACAGCAGAACAACUACCCUCCCGGCAGCGGGGCAUGGAACAACAAUAACCAGCAGCAUGGUGGCCAGCAGCAGCAGCAGCAUGGCAAGCCGCACGGUGGCAUGAACCAGGACCAGGCAAAUGCCACCAACGCGCAGUACACCCAGUGGCGGAAUGACGCGCGGCGCGAGGGCGACCAGGCGCACAAGGCGUUUGCCGACUCGCAGAACGCGUACAAGUCUGGCGACGGAGCGCGCGCAAAACAGCUCAGCGAGCAGGGAAAGCAGCACCAGGCCAACCAGCAGAGACUAGACGGCCAGGCGUCGGACUGGAUCUUCAGAGAGAACAACAAGACGCAGCCCCACGGCACGAUCGACCUGCACGGCCUGUAUGUCAAGGAGGCGAUCGAGCGGGUGGAAAGCGCGAUCGCGGACGGGCAGCGCUCUGGCGCGCAGGAGCUGCGCGUGAUUACCGGCAAGGGCAUCCAUUCGCAGAACCACCAGGCGAAGAUCAAGCCUGCGGUGGAGCAGCUGAUGCAGAAGUACAACCUCGCGGCCGAGAUCGACCCGCGCAAUACCGGCGUGCUCGUCGUCUACCUCCAGGGCGGAGGCGGAUCGGGCGGCGGUCGGACGCGCGACGCCGGCGGCCUGGUGGACCAGAUCCAGCGGGGUAACCAGGACUGUGUGAUCAUGUAGAGAGCGUAGGCGCGAUACACGCCUG